AUGGUCUCGUGGUUUAGUUACUUCCAGUCUUACCUUGGACCAAAGGCCCCAGCGUACGAAGCAAUCGACAGCCUUUCCAAGGAACAGUAUGAAUUAUUGCCGGUUUACCCACCUCCCAGUUAUCAGUCGCCGACAAACGGCCAGCCUCCUCUGACUCCACAACAGCCACAGCCAUUAUUUGACGACCCAGAGUCUUUGCAGCCAGUGCGCCAGAAGACCAAGAAGAAGAACUGGAAAGAAAAGUUUUCAUGUUUUUUUGUUUGGGUAUACUUCAUCUACAGCCUUAUUUUCCUUGCCCAUUUGUUUCCUUCUACGAAGUUGCUGGGCCUUGCUUUGUAUGAGAAAGAGGGUGGAACUACAUGGCACGAAUCCGUCAUUACUGUCAUUGACACUCUUGAGAGAGUUACAGAAGGGUCUACGAAUAACGUCAAGGAUUUGAUUCCAGAAGGAUGGCCUGCUAACGAUACCGUUUACCAAUUGUUUCCUUUCGGGAUGUGCAAGGAAAGCCUGAACCAUAAGGAAUGUAAGUUGGGAAAGGGCCAGUACUUCAUGGUUAUCGAUGAUAUUGGCGCUGAAUUAGCUGAGGUAAUUAACGUCGAUGACAAGGAAGCAUUUAUUGAAGGGUGGAAAAAUGGGUUCCGUUCAGCAUAUAAAGCAGCUCUUAAAAAGCUAGCUUUAGCUUGUCCCUCCGAUGAAUCCUCCGAGAACUUCAAGUGCUACAAUAUAACAGCAAAAGAUGCACAGAUAUUGAAAUUGCUAGACUCUCAGAACUUUGUGCCUUUUGCAUUCGGCAUAGUGUUUCUUAUGGCACUUGUUGCAUCUGUAAUGUCCAUGGUUAUUAAUGAUUGGUAUACGGGUUGUCCGGCCGUGGUGCUUGGAUUGGCAGUCUCUUCCGAUGUCCGUCCUAUCUUUCAUUGGGUUAGCAUUUCUUUGGUUGUCACACUGUGGGCUUUGGUAUUUUAUGUGGUUUAUAUGGUGGUUCCACAGAUUGAAGAACAGCAAUUGAGUCUAGUGGCUCGUUGA